AUGGCUCCAGCUCGCGGCCAUCCCCGGCGCCACGGGGCGAGCUCGUCACCGUGUGAAUCAGUCCCCUCCACGUCGUCCCUACGUUUCCGUCCCUCUCUCAUCUCCCCUCCCCAUCUCUCCCCCCGACCCGUCGUCCUCACCGACGACUCCUUCAUGUACCCCAUGAGCGAGCUAGACAACCUCUCCCCCCCGGAGCACCCCUACUCCAACAACGUCGAUGACCUCACCACGGACGACAACAUGCACCUAGACUCGGACUCCGAUGCAAAGGACGACGCUGACGCUGACGCCGACGUCGACUACCUCGACGACCCACAGCCCGUCCAACCCGUCUACCACGCCCAGCAGCCCUCGCCCCCUAUGGACAUCGACUAUGAGGAGGACCCAGAUUCGGUCGCCGACGACGAAGAGGACGACGAGGACGACGCGUCGUAUGCGGACGAGGAGUAUGGCUCCACCAAGAAGAAGUCUGCACCCAAGAAGCCGAGAAAGAAAGCCCCGCCGAAAGCGAGAGUUCCGUCGCGUCCAAUCUCUUCAGACUCGGACUCUGAGUACGGCGCGCGUUCGAAGAAGAAGAAGAAACCCCGCGUAGAGGAAGUCCGCACGUCGAACCGUGGCGUCAAGGUGCCCAACUACGCAGACGACAUUGAGGACUUUGCCGCCUUCGACGAGCCAGACCCUGGUUAUUACGUCGAUACCUCCGCCACAGUCAAGGAGGGCGACGAGAUUGAGGCGGUUCUUGGUCAUGUUCGGGAUGAAGGCCACGACGACGAUCCAGAGGACAUUUGGACGGAGAAUAUUCGCUUCACCAUCAAAUGGAAGGGAUUCUCGCAUCUACACAAUACAGACGAGGUCUACGAGUUCCUCAAACGGUUCAAAGGCCUCAAACGCGUCGACAACUACAUCAAGAACUAUAAGAUCUGGCAAGCCCGCCUCGCCGAAGCCGUCACCUCCGAGGACCGCGAGUCGCUUCUGCUCGAGAAGGAGCGCGACAAGGAGGAGCUCGAGACGUAUUGCAAGGUCGAGCGCGUCAUCUCGCACCGCGUCCGCGGCACCGAACCCGAGUACUUCGUCAAGUGGCAAGGCCUCAACUACGAGCACUGUACGUGGGAGUCCAUGGGUCAGAUCAAGACGCUCGCGCAGGACCUCGUCGAAGCCUUCCGCGAGCGCGAGGCAGAGGCAAAGUUCCCGUUCAAGAGCGCGUUGUACUCGAGGAACCAGCGUCCGAAGUUCGUCAAAAUCAUGGAGGACCCGCCGUACAUCACAAAGACGGGCGGAAAGCUGAAGGACUUUCAGCUCACGGGCCUCAACUGGCUCGCGUAUCUGUGGUGCCAUGGCGAGAACGGAAUUCUUGCGGACGAGAUGGGCCUCGGAAAGACCGUGCAGACGGUCGCGUUCCUGUCCUAUCUCUUCCACCAGAUGAACCAGUACGGACCGUUCCUCGUCAUCGUUCCCCUCUCGACCAUCACCGCCUGGCAGUCCCAGUUCGCCACCUGGGCUCCGGAACUCAAUGUCAUUACCUAUAUCGGCACCGCUACCGCACGGGAAAUCAUCCGGACGUACGAGUUUGGGCCGUCGAAUAAGAAACUCAAGAUGAACGUGCUCCUGACCACGUAUGAGUUGACCUUGCGCGACUCUAAAGAGCUCGGUGAGAUCAAGUGGCAAGUCCUCGCGGUCGAUGAAGCCCACAGGUUGAAGAACUCGGAGAGUCAACUUUAUGAGGCGUUGAGAUCUUUCUCGGCGGCAUCGAAGUUGCUCAUCACGGGCACCCCUCUUCAAAACAACGUGAAGGAGUUGCUUUCCUUGAUGCAUUUCCUGAUGCCCGAGAAAUUCGCCCUUACGAACGAAUUCGACCUCAACGAUGCCGAUCACGAGACAAAGAUCCAGGAGCUGCACAAGCAACUGGAGUCGCUGAUGUUGAGACGGCUCAAGCGCGACGUGCUCACGUCCUUGCCUACGAAGAGCGAGCGCAUCCUGCGUGUCGAGAUGAGUGGUCUGCAGACCCAUUUCUACAAGAACAUCCUGACGAAGAACUUCUCGGCUCUCGUCAAGAGCGCGAACGGGAACAACAACAUCAGCUUGCUCAAUAUUGCGAUGGAAUUGAAAAAGGCUGCGAACCACCCUUAUCUGUUCGACGGCGCCGAGGUCAAGGCCGAUGCGAACGAGGAGGUCCUUAAGGGCCUCGUCAUGAACAGUGGUAAAAUGGUCCUCCUGGACAAGCUUCUCGCGCGGCUGCGCUCCGAUGGGCACCGCGUCCUCAUUUUCAGUCAGAUGGUGCGCAUGCUGGACAUCCUGACCGACUAUCUUACGCUGCGUGGGUACCAGCAUCAGCGGCUGGACGGGAUGGUCGCGUCGGAAGCACGGAAGAAGUCGAUCGCUCACUUCAACGCGCCCGGCUCACCCGAUUUUGUCUUUUUGCUCUCCACUCGCGCGGGCGGUCUGGGCAUCAACUUGGAGACGGCGGACACCGUUAUCAUCUUCGAUAGCGAUUGGAACCCUCAAAAUGACUUGCAGGCGAUGGCCCGCGCUCAUCGCAUUGGGCAAAAGUCCCAUGUAAGCGUCUACAGGUUCGUCAGCAAGGACACUGUGGAGGAGGACGUCCUCGAGCGCGCGAAGAAGAAGAUGGUGUUGGAAUAUGCCAUCAUCAACCAGAUGGACACUUCCCAGGCGCACCUCUCUGGCAAGGGCGGCAACGUGAAGGACCUGGCCAAGCCUGACAAUUUGAGCAAGGAUGAGCUUACCGCCGUGCUCAAGUACGGCGCACAGAAGAUGUUCGACAAGGACGACACGCAGCAAAGCAAGAAGCUGGACGAGAUGGACCUCGACGAUAUCCUGAACCGCGCCGAGGAUCACGAAACGAUGGCUGAAGGCGCCGACGGCGGGGCCUCCCUCGGCGGCGAGGCCUUCAUGGCCCAAUUCGCGGACAUCACGGACGUGAAGAACGAUCUCUCCUGGGAGGACAUCAUCCCGCUCGAAGAACGACAAAAGAUCGAGCGCGAGGAGGACGCGAAGAAGGCGGAGGAGUUGGCCGUUGCGGAUUCGAGGGAUAGGAAGAGGUCGCAUGCGCCGGUGUCGUACGAGGGGAUGGAUAUCGACCAGCCUGCGCCACAGCCGGCGGCGAAGAAGCCGAAGCCGCAGCCGCAGAGGAAGACGGCGAGUCAGAAGGCGAUGGAGCUUAAGGAGAGGGAUGUGAGGGUGUUGAUUAGGAGUAUGCAGAAGUGGGGGGAUAUCAGGCAGCGGUAUGAUGUUAUAGUCACCGAGGCGAAACUGGGGGAAAAGAACAAAGGGAUGAUCAUCGACGUCGCGGACGACAUCGUCGAUAUCUGCUCCCAGGCCGUCGAGGAGAACAAUAACCAGAAGCGGGCUCGGCUCGCCGCAGGGGAGACCCUCACCACCGCCCAAAAGAGCAAGGCCGUCCUCGUCACGUAUCGCAACGUCGGGAACAUCAACGCCGAGACCGUCGUCUCCCGGACGCGCGACCUCAAGAUCCUCUACGACCACCUCAGCCCUCUGACCGAAGAAGAGCGGUACCACUGGGCGAUCCCGAUCGAGAACAUUCGGCCCACGCUCAAUUGGUCGGGUCGAUGGGGCCCGCAGGACGACGCGAUGCUUUUGGUUGGUGCGUUCACGUACGGGUUCGGGAAUUGGGAGGCGAUGCAGAAGGAUCCGAAGCUCGGGCUCGAGGGGAAGUUUUUCCUGGAGGAAGGCAAGAAGGGCGAAGACACGGCGUCGAAGCCCAUUCCGAACGCGAUCCAUCUCGUCCGGCGGGGCGAUUUCUUGCUCGGGAUAUUGAGGGAGCAUGACGAGAAGCUGCGGUCGUACGAGACUUCGCUCAAAAGCAAGGGCGUGCUCAAGAUCUCGUCGUCGCCGCAGCCGGUGGCGUCGAGCAGUCAUAAUAGCCAUACUGGGGGCAGUUUGAAGAGGAGGGCGGAGAGCGAGGCGGUGGCGUCGGUGGAGGAUACGAGUAAUAAGAAGAGGAAGAGGAGGCCGACGCCGACGUUUACGGAUUCGGAGUCUUCGGAUGAGUGUCCGUCGAUGGAUGAGGCGGCGACAAAGGAGGAGUUGCGGCCGGUGAAGAAGCAACUCAAACAACUGAAGCUGUCUGGGGGCGAUAUGCCGAGGGAGGACAAGGUCGCGUUGCUGAAGGAGUCUUUGGCUGCUAUCGGACGGCGGAUAGAGGUUGUGCUUGAGAACAAGCAGGCGGCGGGCGAGAACCGAGAUCGGUGGAGACGACAUCUUUGGACCUUCGUCACCCUGUUCUGGCCAAAGAAGGUGAAGGCGGGCAAGUUGGAGGAGAUCCACGCGAAGAUGGUGAUGAAGGAGGCAUCCGCAGAACCGGGUGCGUCGAAAAAGCCACGUUCGAGCAUGCCGAACCCGAAGCCCAAUGGCAGCAGCGCCAUCCCCGCGUCCGGUCAAUCCUCGUCUGUCAAGGUGAACGGAAAGUCGUACCGAUGA